AUUGUCUCUGAUACAGCAGAAAUCAGCUCAGACACACCGGCCAAGGAGGGAGGCGAGGACCGCUGCUGGACGACACUCCGCUGAUCGGGAAGCUUUUCUGUCGUCGUGUUGGUCAAGGGGCUAUCCCACCGUGCCCGUGGUGGCCCCUUCCCCUCCCCGUCCUCAGGCAAAGGCCCCCCCAAACCCCUUGCCCUGUUGGGAUCAGCCUCCCCCCUUGCCCCCCACCUUCCCUCCUCUUCCUCCCUCCCUCCCACCCACCCAUCCUGUACUCCAGCUGUCAUCGACUGCGGUAAAGGUUCCCCACCAUCUCUGCCAAGCUGUCGGACAUGUCAGGACCCGUGCCGAGCCGGGCCAGGGUGUACACCGAGGUCAACACUCACCGGCCUAGGGAGUACUGGGACUACGAGUCCCACGUGGUGGAAUGGGGAAACCAGGAUGACUUUCAGUUGGUGCGGAAGCUAGGACGUGGCAAGUACAGUGAAGUCUUUGAGGCGAUCAACAUCACGAACAACGAGAAAGUGGUGGUGAAGAUCCUGAAGCCUGUGAAGAAAAAGAAGAUCAAGCGGGAGAUCAAGAUCUUGGAGAACCUGCGUGGAGGUCCAAACAUUAUCUCUCUCAUAGAUAUUGUGAAAGACCCUGUAUCCCGGACGCCCGCCUUGGUCUUUGAGCAUGUUAACAACACAGACUUCAAGCAACUGUACCAGACCCUGACAGACUAUGACAUCCGGUUCUACAUGUAUGAAAUCCUCAAGGCCCUGGACUACUGCCACAGCAUGGGGAUCAUGCACAGAGAUGUGAAACCACAUAAUGUGAUGAUUGAUCAUGAACAUCGUAAGCUGCGUCUGAUUGACUGGGGUCUGGCUGAGUUUUACCACCCAGGACAAGAGUACAAUGUCAGAGUUGCCUCCCGCUACUUCAAGGGACCAGAGCUGCUGGUGGACUAUCAGAUGUAUGAUUACAGUCUGGACAUGUGGAGCUUGGGCUGUAUGUUGGCGAGCAUGAUCUUCAGGAAGGAGCCUUUCUUCCACGGCCAUGACAACUAUGACCAGUUGGUGAGAAUAGCAAAGGUCCUGGGGACUGAGGACCUCUACGACUACAUCGACAAGUACAACAUCGAGCUGGAACCUCGUUUCAAUGACAUUCUGGGAAGGCAUUCUCGUAAGCGGUGGGAGCGGUUCGUCCACAGUGAGAACCAGCACCUGGUCAGCCCGGAGGCUCUGGAUUUCCUGGACAAGCUGCUGCGCUACGACCACCAGGCUCGGCUGACUGCUCGUGAGGCCAUGGAUCACCCUUACUUCUUCCCCAUCGUGAAAGAUCAGUCUCGUGUGGCCGGAUCAGCCAACCUGCCCAGUGGGAACCCAGCCGUUAGCACAGCUAAUAUGAUCACUGGUAUCUCUGCCUUGCCAGCCUCCACUGCCCUGGGUCCUCUCACUGGCUCGCCGGUCCUGUCAGCUGCCACCAAUGUUAUGAGCACUCCGGUGCCCACUGCUGUUGGUGCCCCACAGUGACACUCCACCCAAAACCACACCCACUCUCCCCUUUACCACCACCAUCACCCAGUCCAGGGGGAGGGGAGGGGGAGAUGGGAAAUCCUAGACAGGUGCCACUCUGCCAGUCCUCACCACAUCAAACCUAACCCGGCGUGACCGCGCUCUACCAAACUCCUGGCUGGAGGACGCCGCUGCCGCCGUCUCUGAAAAAGAUGUUUUUCCCUUUUCCUCCUGAAUGAACAUGUUAACCUGACAACUGAAAUGAAUGUUCUGUGUAACUGAAGUAUACAGGUAUCCCCCCCCCCCCCCCUCAGAGUGAAUACAAAGGAGUGUGUGUUUGACGAGUCUGACAGGGAGUAUCACACGGCUGAUUCGGGGUCUCAACAGCAUGUUUUUAGUUUGGAGUGUGAAGGCAGUGGUCGAUACGUACAUCAGCAGAGGGCGACAGAAAGGCGUUGGCCAUCAGGACCAAAAGGAGCACAUCCUGUAUAGUUUACUACUGCAGCACAGUCAAAAACAAAACCUGAUGAGAACACAUGAGAAACCCAGACGAGUGUAAACACCCUCCAGAUCACAGCAUUUUGGAAGUGUGUGGUGCUGUUUCUGUGCUCCAGGUGUACGUGAACACAAUGACACUUCAACACUUUCUCUGCCUGAGUCGUUCUGUCUUGCCUUUCUUACCAAACCAGAUAACCAGUCUUCUUUUGAUAUGCGACUCCCCCGCCACGUUAUCCCUCGUCGUUGAUUAGUUUUAUAUUGAAAUGUAUUGGAUUGCUGGAUACGUGGUUCGAUCCACUCUAGUGUUGUACAAUGGACUCUUAAAGAAGCCAGGUAAGGUUCAUUCAGGUUCUCAAAAGAAAUGGUUCCUCAAAACGUGCUGCUUUCCACUUCCUUGAAUUACUUCAAGUGGCUUUUCUUGAAUUAUUUCAAGACAUAACCAAAGUUUACUCAGUUGGUUGGAAGAAGAGACUGACCAAACCUAGUUUUUGUUUUGUGGGAGUUACUCAUGGAGACGCUGUAACGCGACGUGGACUCAAGUGAGUACAACGAAAACAACACCAUGAACAUCUGCAGGUGACUAAAGUGCUGUUAGUGUUGGAGGAACGUUCUGUUCUGUAAAGUGUAGUGACAUGGGUAAAGCUUUGUGAAGAGUACAUAGUUGACUUCUACCAACAUGUUGAGGGAAAUAUUGAAGUUGAAUAGCACUUGAAGAGUAGAGUUUUCCCCCGUGUUUUAGUGCCAGAGUUUGAAAGUGUAAGUUUUAGACCCUGCUGUAAAUAUGCAUCUUUUUUUUUUUUUUCUUUGGUUUUUCAUCUCAAACCUGAAAAUGCAAAUAAAUCCGAACAUGUAUACAUUGACCUGAGAGCGGAGCAGUUUGAGUCCCUACAUCACUGUAUAUAUUUUUAUGUCCUUAUGUAGAAGACUAGUAUUUGAAAAUAUUUGUGUAAAUAAACAGGUGUUUUAUUUAUCAGGUA